CAUUCUGUCCGUAAUUUACUUUCAUAAAUCCCAUCUUCUCAUCAGUUUUUGCUGGCAUUUUAGUAAUAUAAUAUGAAUUGAUGAUCUUUUAGGAAAGCGAUUCUGCUUUGUAACUGAUUCGAAUUAAAUUUGCCGGCUCGAUGUAAAGCCGGGUUUAUUUUUUGUGAGACGAAGACUUUGUACCGAUCUGUAUUUGCCAUAAAAUGAAGUGUAUGAAAUCUUGUUGCUGCUCUCUAAAAACCGGAUGUUAUGCUGUGACGUUCUACACACUGGUGACAGUCGUGUUGACGUUUAUGCUGAGCCACGUGUUCCGCGGUAGACAAGAAUACGCGCCCUGGACUAGAUUCAUGGACAUCGGAUUCACACUGGCUCUGCUCAUCGGGACGAUGAUGCUGUAUAAGGGACUCAACAACAACUGUGUUCCGUUGAUUGCCGGCUGGUUGACCAUCUUCCUGGUGAGAGUGUCCUACACCAUUGGACUGCUGUUCUUCGAAAUUUACAUUCUUGUUCGCGUCUUGACCGGUACUCUGUCCCUCAGCAUCUUCUUCCGACACGAACUGCCCACCGCCAUUCUGGUUUCCUGUGGCUGUGCGACCUUCGAUAUUGCUGCCAUAGUUAUCGUGGUAAGUUUCCUCCGUAAGCUGAGCGAUACAAAGCCACCGGCACUGUCGGAUGCAACUGUAUCUGCUGGACAAAGUCCGGCACCGAGGGACUUACCUAUGGACUUACCGUAGCGGAUGCAUGAGCGAAUUGUGGCCAUAAUUUAAUUCUUAACCACAAAAUUAUUUAGUCAGACGUCACGGUUUUACUGCCAAUUUACCUCUGCCCUUGGCAAUUAUCUGUACAGUUUUCACUUUUCUUGCAUG